AUGUCGAACGUGAAAGAGCAGGUCUCUCAAGUGGUCGGAUCGGCGAAAGAAGUGGCACAGAAUGUGGGGGAACAGGUCUCCGAUUUCUUCCAAGGAAACCCGUUCGCGACACCGGUUGGCAAGAAAAUAGAACUUGCCACCGACUCUAAUUUGUUGGCCACCGAAAAUUGGGGUCUGAAUAUGGAGAUUUGUGAUUUCAUCAAUGGAUAUGAAGAUGGUCCAAAGGAUGCAAUCCGAGCUAUUCGAAAACGACUUCACAGUCAAAUGGGCAAAAAUAAUACGAUUGUCAUGUACACGUUGACCGUUUUGGAGACAUGUGUUAAGAAUUGCGAUCAUCGAUUUCAUCAUUUUGUUUGUCAAAAGGAUUUCAUUUUGGAUUUGGUGAAGUUGAUUGGACCGAAAUUCGAUGCACCACAGAUUAUCCAGGAACGAGUGUUGACGUUGAUUCAGUCAUGGGCUGACGCUUUCCGAAAUGCUCCCGAUCUUCAAGGAGCCGCUCAAGUGUAUGAAGAUCUCAAAGCAAAGGGUGUUGAAUUCCCGGCCACCGAUUUGGACACCCUUGCACCGAUCAUCACACCAAAACGAACUGUGUUUACGGAACCACCACCACAACAGCAACCACAAGCUCCGAUGGUUCAACCACAAGCGACGACCUACCAAGUCGCUCCUGUCUCUGAGACGCCUGUUCAAGCAAAUUCCGAACAAUUGGUGAAACUGAGGAAUGAUAUCGAUAUGGUGAACUCGAAUUUGAAGGUUUUCCGAGAGAUGCUCACAGAGAUUGUCCCAAAUAAAGUUACCCAAGACGAAUUGCAAUUGAUCCUGGAGUUGAAUCAAGCGUGUCGACAAAUGCAACAAAGGGUGUUGGAAUUGAUUGGACAAGUGUCGAAUGAUGAAGUGACACAUGAGCUUCUCGUCGUUUCAUGUCGAACAAAGAUGCAGAGCAACCGUCCGACGCAGCCGACUCCAAGAGGGAGCAGUGUUGAGUUGAUCGAUGUGCAAGUCCCUUCUGCUCCUCAAACUGUUGCCGACCAAUUGGAAGCUUUGAAACUCUCCUCAACCACCAACCAACCAUCAGUGAUUGAAGAAGCUUACCGAGCCAAUGCUGAACCGCAAGCCUCGGUGGGAAUUCGACAAGCAGCCGGUGAUCGAUCGUUGUCCGUUAGUGAAAGGGAAGCAGCGGAGAUGGCCGAUUGGUUGAAUAUGCAAGGGAAAACAACAAACGAAAAACACGAUCCCGAGAAUGACAAGCUG